AUGAAUUCAUUCAUCUGUGCAAGCAAUCAUUACACGACUGUGGACAUUGAGAAAAGAAGUUCAGAAAAGGAUAUUCUUGAAUAUACAGCCGGUAGCUUGGAUUUGACUGAAUCAAGAGGCACGACCAGCAAUUCCCCUAUCAACAGUAUUGAUGUUUCUAAAGCAAAAUCGGCAUUUGCCAUUACCGAUAGUUUGUCAUCACCUGUCAGUUAUACUCCAAAUUCCAUCCUUUCAAUGGCGGAUUUAAAAACAUGCCGAUCAGACGAAAAGAAAUAUGACAUCCCAAUAUUUAUUUCUCCAUGGCGAUAUUUUAUGCUGCAAUCAACAACGAGUAGUUCUGAACACGUUCCAUCGUCCUAUCAUUAUCGGAUAUCCACGACAAAUACAGCUUCGAAAGGACCUCAACAUAUCCCGCAAUACAUGGCUACAACUAUUUCGUUUGCUAUGAAAAUGAAGCAAAUGAUGAAGCGGUGUACCCCUUUGGGAUCUUCGUGGUGGACUUCUCGUCGACGACAUUCAAUUUCAGAAGGCUUACGAACUGCAGUUUCUUUAACGCCAUCAAGAAACAGAAAAAGUCAUCGAUCAAAACUGCGCUUAUGGCAGCGAGCGACAUCACAACCAUCACCAAAAAUAUGUAACAAAAAACGUUCCAUCAGCAGUCCUGAACUCACUGCAGAAUGUAAUACAGCAAAUGAAUCAAACCGUCAAAAUUUGCAACAGCUAUCACCACAGUUAUUAUCGAGAGUCGCUUCCUUACCUUGUAACGGAUUGUACCAUAAGUAUUUAAAACCAUUAUUCUGGGAUCGAGUAAUAUCGAGAUAUGACGCAACAUCGCAAAAGGAACGUUUCAUGAGGGAAGGUCAAGCAGUACAUUCAGUUAUGAAUGCCCAAAAUGAACCAACCGAGACAUCAUUGAAUUUGGAACAGGCUGAAUCGCAGUUAUCAUUAAGAAAUUCAUAUCAGGAGGAAACUUCUCGAUUUCAUCUAGGCAGAGAUCAUAUGCAACAAUCAGACCAGAUACAUAAUAACGCUCCGAUAUCUAGUCUUUGUACAACUCAAGUCAAAACACCAUGUGGUUGGCAGCGAACAUUUUCCCGUGUACCACACAAAAUUUCUCGCCUUGAACGCUUCGCGUCACAAUUUGUGAAGGCUGUUUCUGCACAGGUAUGGAUAAUCGAAUCAUCGCAACGGAUUUCAACUUUAGGACAGUCGUCAUAUUUUAUGUCAUCAGAAUCCUCCAAAUAUAACAUUUGGCAGUGGAUUUCUCCUAAUUCACCUCAGAAAGUCUCUCGUUUUAAACGCUUUUGGAAGCCAGAAAUCAAGGAUGCAGAACGUGCCUCGCAACCAUCACGAUUGGGACAAGUUACGGAUCAGUCGACUUUAACUGAAAUAGGAAUAUCUCCAGAAGUGAUUUUGGAACGAACAAUUUCCAAAUCAUUAUCGGAAGUCUCACGUCUUAACCAUUUUCCAGUCUCUGAGGAUUCAAUAUCGAAGAUCUCUCAAGGAAGUUGUCGUCCUGAACAAUUUGAACUAGAAGUUUCACGGGAUUUCCUUGCAACACAAGCACUUGCGCCAAGUUCUCCUGCCAUCUUACCGACCAGGCUGCACAAAGGUUUAUUCUAUGAGCAAGCAAAGUCAGUUUACCUACCAAAACUUUCUAGCAAGAGCAGUCUUUCAUCCGUACAUGUAGCGCAUCUACGGUCGUCGAAAGAGCUUUUGACUGAAAGUUUGUCUUUUGGAGCACUGCCAAGGAAACAUCGUUCUAACUUCACAAUUAAACUAUUGCGUAGAGCCUCCAGUACGGAGUACUUUCAGAAAAAUGCUUUAUCAGGUUCAUGUACUACCGAAAUACAACCGUCGGAAGCAUCAGUAUUGCCUGAUGUGGUAUCUCAUAGCGAAUCGCCAAGGAAACGAUCUAAAUCUAUAUUACAAAGAGUUUCUCGCUUUGAACGUUUUCUGAAAACAAAUUUGUCAGGCACAAGUACCGCCUCAACAAAAUCAUGUGAAGCACUUACCGUAUCCAAUGCUUUAUUUUCUAGAGUAUCGAUGAGAAGAAAAUCGAAAAUACCAAAGUUGUUGAGAACUUCUCGUUUUGAUCGUUUUCAAAAAAAUGCCGUUCGAGCAAGGUCAUCGCUUGCGUUGCUUUAUCGUGACACUUCGUUUUUUGACAGAUCAUUCACUGGACGAUCAAAACCAACACCAUCUAGCAAAUGUACUCGUCAAAGUCUCUUUUUACCUUCUAGAUAUCUGACUUCUUCCCCAUGUGUUUGGAAUAAAUCAACGGCGGAACCAAUGCAGAAGAAAUCUCGUAUCGAACGCUUCCAGAAUUUUGCUUCACUGGACGUAUGUAUAGCUCGGACCCAACCGUCAAGUUCAUCCUCAUUUUCUAAUAUUUCACUGAUCCCAUCAAGCGGGGGAAGUUUGUGGAUGCAAACGAAAACAAUUCCACCAAAAAAGAUUUCAGGUUUUCACUGUUGUUCUUUUGAUUUUCAAGAAUCCGAUUCUUGGCAGAAAAAGGUUAUGAAAAUCAUGAAUAGGAAUUCUCGUUUCAAGCGCUUCGAGGACAAUAUCUCUCCGAAUAUACAUACAGCACAGUUUAACCUCUCACAAAAUUCAUCAGCCAAACGAUUCUUGAAAAAGCAGACAAAGCAGAAAAUACCUCACAAAAUUUCAUAUAAAGAACGAUUUAAAACUUACCGUGUUUCUCCUGAAUUAAUGAUUCAAGUUAACGGUGCAAGGUACUGCCCUUACGAUGACCGUUCUCUCUGCAGUGAAUCUCCAGCAUACUCACUCCUUACUGCCCAGCAAUGGUCGCCAGAACAAUCACUGACCUGCACACUAAAUAGUACAGAUUCAGUCAAGGAUGUGCUAACUGAAAGUACUGCACGGACCAUAGAUUCUGACCGGAACCAGCAAUUGGAACAGAGAAUCAGUUAUGAGGAACAAUUUGAGAAUUAUAUUUCCGCCGGUUUAAAUGUAUUUGAUGCUAUAAGUUUUAAAGAAAUUAGAGAAGGGAUAAGCAGGGAAUCAUGGGACAGUGCAAUAAUUCAACAAACACAACCGAUUUCACAUUCGGAUCAAACAAGAAAACAGUGUUUCGAUGGUGAGUGA